CGUGCGGUACUGAACAGAAAACGCUCGUCGUUUUUCCUCCUUUGCUCAGUCUUGAGGCUCACUCGAUCUUUGCAUAGCGCCUGCUUCGCCAAACCUGCACGAUCCCACGGACUCAGUGACCGCUUCAUAUGCAAGAGCACACGAGGAACGCGCACACCUUGCCUGCCUUGAGCAAUUGUAGGAGAGAUCCCGAAAACGUGCUGGGAAAAUGGCAGUGUUAAAUGGCCGCCUCACGAGGUCAAUGCUGUCUUUGCAAGGAUAGCUCCAUCAUCAAGGAAAACAGUCCUAUCAUGGCCACCUCCUGUUCCCAGACUCGAGUUACUAACCUUUUACGUGGAAAGCACAUUUGCUGAAAGAAAGAAAGAGUGUUAAGGCUACCAAUGAAUAUAACCAAAUCAUGUAGUGUAGUUUUAAUCAAAUUGCAGCCUCUUCUUAUCUGUUUAUUUUAAUCUCUCAGAUUAGCACUUGCUUUUGUAAAUGUGUUUUUUUUAGUCUCUGAAUGAGAAGAGUGUGUGUAGUUAGAAGAAAGUUACAGAAGGUUUUAAUAACAACUGAGAGAGAUGGUCCUCCACAUCACCCCUUACUCCAGUUCUUGUCUUUACUUCCUUGAUGGCUUGUCAUGGAGCCUGGUAUUCCCCUGUUACUGGCUCCUGGAUCAGCUCCUGGCCUCCUGCCUGGCCACUUCACUGGAGAAGCGACAGCGCUCUCAGGAUCCAUGCUCCCUCCUAACUUUGUGUGUCCUGAUAAUGGUGCCUCUUUACUUGCUCCUCCUCCUUGCAUCUUUGCCAUUUGCACUUCUGGGCUUCAUCAUCUGGGCUCCGCUGCAGGCCAUCCGUCAACCUUACCUGUACACCUACCACAGACUAGAAAAGCACCAAACUGAGCAAGGCGAGACUGGGACAGGUUUUGUCGGGGUCAGAGACUGGAGACCUCAAGGCAUGACCUUCUGUUUCUGCAGCGCCAACGUUUGCCUGCUGCCUGACUCUCUGGCUAGGUUCAACAACCUUUCAGACACUCAGAGGAGAGCACGGGAAGUGGGUAAAAGGAUCAGAAACGGAGCCUGUCGGCCUCAGAUUAAAAUCUACAUUGACUCGCCAACCAACACUUCCAUCAGUGCAACCUCCUUCAGCAGUCUAGCCACGGGCUUCCGCCGCACCUCCUCCUUGGACCAGCGACCAGACCAGACACACAUUGUAAAUGGCCCGGCAGACAAUGAAAUUGAACCACUCAGCGAGUGUCCUGUCCAUUCAGUGGGUGCUACGGACUGUCCAGCUCAUCCAUCUGCAGGAUUUCAUGGAACCUCUCAAUGUCCCAUUCACUCAGACACAGCAGUGGACUGCCCCCUCCACUCAGGUACAAAAAACACAACAGUGGACUGCCCUCUACACUCAGGAGCAAGAGACCCAACAGUGGAAUGCCCCCUCCACAUGGAUACAGGAGUCACAGCAGUGGAAUGCCCCCUCCACUCAGGUACAAGAGAUACUGCAGUGGACUGCCCUCUCCACAUAGAUGCAGUGGAAUGCCCCCUCCACUCAGGUGAAAAAGAUACGGCAGUGGACUGCCCCCUCCACAAACAAACAGGAGAAACGGCAGAGGAAUGCCCCCUUCACUCUGUUCAGAGUAACAACACUCCAGACUGUCCCUUGCACACAUCGGCACAAACUCCAGAAUGUCCGAUGCACUCACCAGGGGCACAGAUUUGUCUCGGCAAACAUGACUGCCCUGUGCACGGGAAGGAGGCACAGGCUAAUCCCCCAUCUCAGUGUCCACUCCACACCUCAGGUGUUCAAAUCAGCAUCAGUGCCCCAGAGCCAGACCCACAGGAGGAAGAGAAGGAGACAGGUAACCAUCAGUCAAGGGGACUGGCAAGAGGAGACAUGGGCGGCAUGACUGCCUCGAGAGAAUCCCUUUCUAGGUACCAUGGAAGUGAUGGUUGUGGGGUGAUAUCCUCAAACAACACUCUCUCACAUGUGCCUCGCACCUCAAUAUUCAAGCGCCCCGGUAGAAAGCGCCGCCACGGCGAUGAGACUUUCGACCAUGACAUUUCUGCGUUUUUCCCUGCCAACUUGGAUUUCCUUGCCCUUCAGGAAGUGUUUGACCACAGUUCAACAACUCGACUGCGGCAGCAGUUGCAUCGUUACUUCCCCUAUGUGCUGAGCGAUGUCGGGCGGUACGGCUGGAAAGGUUGCUGUUCCAGCUUCAAAUUCCUCAACAGUGGUCUGUUGCUAGCAAGUCGCUACCCAAUCCUGGAUGCACGCUAUGAGUGCUACCCCAAUGGAAGAGGAGAGGAUGCAAUGGCAGCCAAAGGAGCUCUGUUUGCCAAGGUUCAUGUGGGCACCAACCACCAAGAGCAAAGGAUUGUGGGCUACCUCACAAGUACCCACCUCCAUGCCAUAGAAGGUGAUGCUUCUGUGCGAUGUGAACAGCUAGACUUGCUGCUCCAGUGGGGCGCAGAGUUCCGUCAAGCUUCAUCACAUCAUCCCGAAGGGGAGAAAGUUCUCGAAGACAUUGUGGCCUUUGAUGUCCUUCUGGGUGACCUCAACUUUGACAAUUGCUCUUCAGAGGACAAGUUGGAACAACAGCAUGCACUUUUUUCUAUAUACAAGGACCCAUGUCGCCAGGGGCCAGGAGAGGACAAACCAUGGGCUCUGGGUACAUUGCUGGAUCCCAGUGGCCUUUACGACGAUGAGGUCAGUUCACCGGAAAGUUUACAAAAAGUGAUGGAGAACGAAGAAAGCAGAAAGGAGUACCUAGUGUUUCCUCCCAGUAAAAGCCAAUGUCCCUCCAGCAACCAAAAGGGAAGGAACAUUCCGCUGAAGGGCAAUGGACGCCGGAUUGACUACAUCAUGUACAGUGAUGAGGGUCUGCAACAGGACUGGAAAUUGGAAAUUGAGGAGUUCAGCUUUGUUACACAGCUGGCUGGCCUCACGGAUCACCUGCCUGUGGCUAUGCGAUUAGCCGUCUCCACAGGAGAGGAAGAGUCUUAGAUUGUCAGCUGCGUUUAUAAUAAAAAAAAUUUUUUUUAAAUACUGCCAAUGAUGGAUGACGGACGAUGAAGAUAAGCAAAUGAUGUUUUUUAUGGAUUAGGAGUAUUUUGAGAGGGACAAUUUUGUGUGGACAAAUUGUAAUAUAACCCCUUUUGAUAGGGAAUCUAAAAGACAAUUAUGGAGUGAGAGAGUAAUGUGAGUGAGAGUCGGGGCAUUCCACAUACACUUUGCACACUUAUACGCGUAACUGCCAUGUGAGUGUCUGAAAUCAUCUGGCCUCUCUGCUGCUCACCUUGUGGACAAUUUAUAACUUUUUGCACUCCCACGAUGAAUACAUUGUUUCAAGUAGAUUGUUAGUUAUAAAGAAAUUUCCACAUUCCAAGAUGUUGUUGCCAUUUUGGAUUCUGGGUGCACUCAUUCAUUGAUAUCAUCGUGACUGAAACACCAUGAAGUGAUAGUGCUCACUAAUCUUGGUCCGCUCGAUCUUUUUUAGUGGAUUUCAUUGCUCCUUGGCUGUUGCACAACAGCUCCACAAAGUUUUAAAAUUUGCUUGAAGACUCGUUAAGAAAUGAGGCUGGUUUAAAGGAAAUAAGAGUUAUGCCUACCGCUGUUAAAUGUAUUUCUACUAUGUCCACAUGUGUCAUUGAGUCACGCAAGUGUCCCACAAGGUCUGUUCAGUUUUCGGACCUUACUUGUCUUUCACCUCAACAAGUGUCUUCUUUAACAACAAAGAUAACUAAAUAACUAAGGUAGUGUGAUUUCUACUGUUUUGUAGAGGGUUAAAAUGCUUAUUUAAUACAAUAUAAAUACUUUUUUUUUUUUUUUUUUUUUUACUAAACAUAUAUAAAGUAGGGGUGUAACGGUAAUACAAGUCAUGGUUCGGAACGUACCUUGGUACGGAGGUCACGGUUUGGUACAACAGGAAAAACAAAAAGCCUUUUUUAAAUCAGAGCAUUUGACAAUUAAAGCAUAGACUUCAUAAUGUAUUGACCAGACAUGAGGCGCGGGGCCAAUUCAUAGGGGGCCUUUCUCCGUUAUAGCUGACCGAAUGCAAACACAGACAAAGCUUUUUCCGCUGAGAAUUCUUGUGAAUAAAUGCUUAAAUCCCUGAAUUCUUGAUAGAUAUGGACGUAAAAAGAGUCUCGAUUCUUGGUUAAAAGCACAACAACAACAAAAACGUGCAGUUAGCAUUUAUUUUACGUAAAUAUUGCAAACUCUGCUGUUAGUCAGUAAGCAAAUUAGAGGUCGCCAUAUCAAAAAGAUUUUUCUGUUGAAAAUUCUUGUGAUUGAAUGCUUAAAUCCCUGAAUUCUUUAUUAAAAGCAAAAUAAAUGUGCAGUUAGCAUUUAUUUUACGUAAAUAUUUUUAAUAUGUUGCUCGUCAGUAAGCAAAUUAGCGGCCGCCAUAUCACAGACAAAGAGCUUUUUCCGUAGAUAAUUCUUGUGAAGAAAUGCUUAAAUCCCUGAAUUCUUUAUAGCUAUGGACGGGAAACAGUACCGAUUCUUGGUUAAAAGCAAAAAAAAAAAAAAACGUGCAGUUAGCAUUUAUUUUAUGUAAAUAUUGCGAACUAUGCUGAUAGUCAGUUAGCAAAUUAGCGGCCGCCAUAUCACGGACAAAGAGCUUUUUCCGUUGCAAAUUCUUGUGAAUGAAUGAAAGAAUACAGGGAUUUAGGCAAAGAUAUGGACGUAAAACAGUCUCGAUUCCCGUUUAAAAGCAAAAAAAAACCGUGCAGUUUGCAUUUAUUUUAUGUAAAUAAUCCAAACUAUGCUGCUAGUCAGUCAGCAAAUUGGUGGCCGCCAUAUGUAAACAGAGGUUUUUCCGUUAAAAAUUCUUGUGAAUAAAUGCUUAAAUCCCUAUAUUCUUUAUAAAUAUGGAAGUAAAACAGUCUCGAUUCUUGGUUAAAAGAAAAAAACGUGCAGUUAGCAUUUCUUUUACGUAAAUAUAGCAAACUAUGAUGCUAGUUGGUAAGCAAAUUUGCGUCCGUAAACGAAGAGCUUUUUCCGUUAAAUUCUUGUGAAUAAAUGCUUAAAUCCCUGAAUUCUUUAUAGAUAUGGACGUUAAACUGUCUCGAUUAUGUAUAAUGCCAAUGCUGUAGCUGCCAAUUUCUCCCAUUGAUAUUUACCACGUUUCAAAAUGCAUGCAUGGUACGAAAAAUAUAAUAAUUACCUUGAAUCCUCAAACAAAUCACUCCUGAAACAAUCCUUCUUGUUUGUAUGCAGUACAGCUUUUGUACAUUUUCAGCCUAAAUCUGGCAUUAGAUCGCUGCGUGUGACCGACUGCUAAUAAAUAAAGCGGAGUGUGGGACGGCCUCUUUCGGGAAGGUGUGACGCAGUGAAUGGGGAAUGUGUCAUGUCAACACAUUAUGAAGUCAAUGGUUAAUUUGUUCAAUUGGCAAAAAAUUAAUAUCAGUUGUUUUUAAAGUGCAAAAUAAAUAAAAGAAAACAUCAUUUGUGUGAAUGUGUUUUUAUUGCUAUAACAUUCUUUAAUUCACUGUUUAUGUGCAAAAACUGACAGCAAGCCCCUUUUUUUAGGGAUCCACUGAGGUAACAGUUAAAGUCAGGUCGCACUAGCCAGUUGACAACCUUGGUAACUUAAAAAAAAAAAAAAAACUAUCAUUUUCAAUGUUCAUUACACACAGUUAACUGUAAACCAUUACCACUAAACAUACACUCCCACAUAAGAUAUAUUUUUAUAUUGGCUAAAUAAAGUGCAAAUAGUUCCAAAACUGAAAAAGCAUCUCUUGAAUUUGUUUCAAUGACUUCAGCCUCAGGCUGGAGCAAAAUAAACAAUUCGUGAUUUGAAAAUAUAAAAUACUCUUCAAAAAUGGUAAGGAAAACUGCAUUUGAUAGUUCUCACUCUGUACAUUUGCCAUAACUUUCCUACUGGUUAAUUUAUCAUCAUUUUCCAUUAACCAUGUUGUUUUAGGCAUAUACUUCUCAACAAGGGCGUAGGUUUGGUCUCAACAUUGGUAUGUACACAUACAGUGCUGGCCAAAAGCAUUGGCACCCCUGCAAUUCUGUCAGAUAAUGCUCAAUUU